AUGGCUGGCGGCGCGAAGAAGAAAAAGAAGCCCGCUGCCAAUCCAGCUCGGGGCUUCGCCACUACUUCGGUCGCUUCCAAGCCCAGGCCAGAAGUCACCGAGCCCGAACCAAAGCCUGCAGUCGCCAAGGGCCAAGAUGCCCCUCCAUCAACACAGAAAGAUGCCCCUCCAUCCUCGUCUACAGCUGACAAUGCGACUGCCACCGCCGACAGCCAGGAGGCGACUCUGAGCCCCGAAGAAUUCGAAAGACACUUGGAGGAAUCUGAGUUACAAAUCCUUGUUGAAAAGCAUGCCGCGAAAACGAAGAAGGAUGCCUUACGCCAACGGAACAGGCUCGAUACCGAUCGCCGGCUCUUUCGUAGCCAAGCCGACUCUAUCAAUAGCUUCAAAUGGUUGCCUCAGGAUUUGAUGGAUCAUAUUCUUGAUUUGAUUCAAGCUGAAAAUCGGUUCACAGCUUCGAGUUUGUCGUCGUCCGACAACACUGGCGCUGGUAAGAUGCUCCCUGAGGAAGAAAUGAUCAUUCGCAUCUGGACCUUACAGCAAACCUUGACUGCGAUCGAAUUUCCAAAUGAGCGUGUCGCCGCCGUCAUACGCUACAUCUUGGACAUAGCUCCAAAUGUCUCAACCACGAACAGAGAAUCAAUUUGGGGACUCGAAGAAGCACUCGACUGGCUGGCCCGAGAAUGCAGAAUUGAGGAACUACCUAGCUACGAACCCAAGUCAAAGCCCAUGCUCAAGAGCACUACCGACACUCCCCAGGACAGCCCAGUACCAAGUCGCUCAAGUACCCCUCGCCAUGCUGAUCCGCGAAAUGGGCGCAAGAAUAAAUCUUCUGGGCCCAAAAGCCGGCCAGUUAAAAACUCUUUUCCAGACAAAAAGAUGCUGGUAGCUUGUGAUAGCGAUAUAGAACCAGAUGACCUUGUUUCGAAAUACUUGGAGAGCAAAGCGAAACUAUUGGAGUAUGAGCGUGGGCAACCCAGGGACUUGCUAAUCAGUGAAAAUGACGAGCAGCUUGCUGUUGCCAAGCUUGAGGCCAAGAUUAGAAAGAUCGAGUCGGAUGUGCUCUUCGACAAGUACGAGGCAGACCAGCAAUGGAGAGUCCAGAGAGUUGAUCUAGAAAGGCAGCUAGCUGCUGCAAAGCAUAAUAGGCAAGAUCAGGCUGGAGAGAACUUGACCGUGGAAGGGGAGCCCGAACUGGAAAUGACUGAUGUCGGUGAUAUCAGUAACGAGGCCGAACGGAUCGCUGCCGAAAUAUUGGCUGAAGCUAGCGAUGAAGAUAAUGACAUUGGAGGGCUGUUCGCAUCUCUGCCACAAAACGAAGUCGACGCACGCACAGGUGAAAGCCGUACUGUUGUUAAUUCAGCAGACGGCAAUCAAAUCGUGAUCCGUGACUUUGGCAAAUCAACGGGCAUCAGUCCUCGUCGAGCUCUCGAAGAAGCGUGUCGCUCAAGGGAUUCAAUGGCAAGAAUUUCAUAUACUGUCGUGUCAGAUGCCUCGUUUGCGAACCGACAUUCUGUAGAUAUCAUCUGGACGAAACCUCAAGACUUACCACCGCCAGCAGUUUCGUCAGAAGUUGAAGUCAUAGCGGACCAUUUCCGAUUCACAUUCACCAUGACCAGCAUAGCCACACCAGAUCCGAAGCAGUCGGAAUCCUAUAUCUCUACCGCAGCUUUGUUUUACACAUUCAGUGGUAACACCAAGGACGAGAAGGUUGCUAUCAGACUUCCCCAUGUAUGGAAAGAUAUUUGGGCAGAGCUUGCCGAAGCUAGGAAGGCACAAAUAGACGAACAAGACAGAGAAGUGAUGAGGGGCUUAAGAGCCCUAGUUCGUGAGCGUCACGACCAAGAGCUCGAAGAUGGUGUCAUAAUUCAAGGGGCAUUCCGAGGACGGGGUAACAAACAGGUCACAGACUCAGGCGAUGAUGGCAACCACGAUCGCUCAAGGCAAAAUACCACAAAUGGCGAGUAUUAUCAGAAGAUCUGGGCAGACAAAUCUAACACCCGCAAAUUCCAAACAAUGCUGCAAUCCCGAAUGCAAUUGCCCAUGUGGCACUUUAGAGAGCAAGUAUUGGAGGCUGUCGAUGGAAAUCAGGUUGUAAUUGUCUGUGGUGAGACUGGAUGUGGCAAGAGCACUCAGGUUCCUUCUUUCCUACUAGAGCAUCAGCUCUCUCAAGGAAGACCUUGUAAGGUUUACUGCACAGAACCCCGACGAAUCUCUGCCAUCUCUCUUGCUCGGCGCGUCAGCGAGGAGCUCGGCGAGAACAGAAAUGAUCUUGGAACCAACAGAUCGCUGGUGGGUUACUCUAUCCGAUUAGAAGCCAACACAUCAAGAGAGACAAGGCUGGUAUAUGCAACCACCGGUAUCGUCAUGCGGAUGCUUGAAGGGUCCAACGAUCUCCAAGAAAUGACACACUUGGUGCUGGACGAAGUGCAUGAACGGACAAUUGACAGUGACUUUCUCCUCAUCGUCCUGAAAAAGCUACUUGUCAGACGCAAAGACUUGAAAGUCGUUCUCAUGUCUGCCACAGUCGAUGCAGAUCGCUUCUCCUCUUACCUUGGUGGUGCACCAGUCCUCAACGUUCCUGGGCGGACGUUUCCUGUCCAAGUCAAAUAUCUCGAGGAUGCCAUCGAGCUUACUGGAUAUACGCCUGCAGACUCGGAGCCCGAUAAAAUGGUGGAUCUGGAUGACGACCCCAUCGAAAGUGAGGGAGAGAGCACAAAGAGCGAUAUCUCAAAGAGUCUAGCAAGUUAUUCACCGAGAACUAGAUCAACCCUGUCUCAGAUUGAUGAAUAUCGGAUCGAAUUCGACCUAAUUGUCCAGCUCAUAGCCCACAUCGCCACAAACGACCAACUCCAAGAUUUCAGCAAAGCCAUUCUUGUCUUCCUGCCAGGUAUUGCCGAAAUCCGUACGCUGAAUGACAUGCUUCUUGGAGACCCCAGGUUCGCUAAAGACUGGCUUGUCUAUCCUUUGCAUUCCACAAUCGCAACCGAGGAUCAAGAGUCAGCAUUCUUGGUCCCGCCGUCAGGAGUCCGCAAGAUUGUCCUUGCUACCAACAUCGCCGAGACUGGAAUUACUAUCCCUGAUGUUACUUGUGUCAUUGACACUGGUAAGCAUCGGGAGAUGCGAUUUGAUGAAAGACGUCAGCUUUCGAGACUGAUCGAUACAUUUAUUUCUCGAGCGAAUGCAAAGCAAAGGCGAGGCCGAGCUGGCCGUGUGCAAGAAGGUCUAUGCUUUCAUAUGUUUACUAAAUUCCGCCAUGAUCAACUGAUGAGCGAUCAACAGACGCCUGAAAUGCUCCGUCUUUCACUACAAGAUUUGGCCAUUCGUGUCAAGAUCUGCAAAAUUGGAGGAAUAGAGGAGACCUUGGGCGACGCCCUCGAUCCACCCUCAGCCAAGAAUAUUCGGCGAGCGGUUGACGCGCUUGUGGACGUUCGAGCACUGACUCAAGCAGAGGAACUGACACCGCUUGGGCAUCAACUCGCCAGGCUGCCCUUGGACGUGUUCCUGGGCAAGCUGAUCUUGUAUGGUGUGAUUUUCAAAUGUUUGGACAUGGCCAUCACCGCUGCCGCUAUUCUGUCUUCCAAAUCGCCCUUCUCAGCGCCCUUUGGCCAACGUACCCAAGCAGACAAUGCGCGAAUGGCUUUCCGUCGUGGAGACUCUGACCUUCUUACUAUAUACAACGCCUACCUAGCAUGGAAGCGGGUAUGUCAGUCUACAGGUGGUGGCGGGAAGGAAUUCCAAUUUUGCCGCAAGAAUUUCUUGAGUCAACAAACUCUUGCCAAUAUUGAGGAUCUCAAGGGACAGCUCCUCACUUCCUUGGCAGACUCGGGAUUCCUUUCUUUGACCGAAGAAGAAAGGCGAGCGCUAUCCCGUGCCCGAUUUUCUGGUGGGCGAGGAAGAAAGCAGCAGCAGUUCUACGACAUUCCCCGAAGAGUAAACCUCAAUAGCGACAACGAUGUGGUUUCCGCGUCAAUUAUAGCUUGGAGCUUCUAUCCCAAGAUCCUAGUGAGAGAUGCGCCGGGAUCAAAGGGCCUGAGGAACAUUGGUACAAACCAAUCGAUUAGCCUCCAUCCGUCAUCCGUCAAUCGAGGUCGUCUUGAUCUUCGGUGGCUGUCGUACUAUCAUAUCAUGCAAUCCAGAGCAGUAUAUCACGCCCACGAGGCCACAGCCGUGGAAGCAUUUGCCAUCGCUCUUUUGUGCGGCGAUGUAAGAUGUGACAUGUACUCUGGAGUAAUUAUCCUCGAUGGAAAUCGGGGACGUUUUGCAGUUCCAGAUUGGAAGACGAUGUUGGUUAUGAAAGUCCUUCGAACACGUCUACGUGAACUGUUGACACGGUCUUUCAAACAACCAGGCAAGUUGCCUACCGCCCAACAAGAGAAGUGGCUGGAUGUAUGGCAGAGGAUCUUCACACAAGAUUUUGGACAAGAUAGAUCUACGGGAAUGACGAUUAAGGCAUGA